CGAGAGAGAGAGAGAGCGCCGGGAGACGCUUCGACUUGACGCGACGCUUGGUUGUAGACGUCGUGACGCUUGUUGCGCUUGCUCCCACUGUCCAAACACCCUAGGCCCUGGAUUCCUGCCCGCAGCCGCCGUCUUCAGUGCGACCUAGCAACUACUCACUCCCACUAUAGCUUCGCCUCGGGCGCUCCGCCACACGCUGCACUCUACCCACGCUCGCUCCGAGCCACCAUCGCGGCCAUGUCGGACCCGCUCCCCGCCCACGUCGAGGCCUCGUACUCGCGCAUCAUCGACGACAUUCUGCGCGCCAGCGACAUCAACACCAUCUCGGCAAAGCGCAUACGAAAGGGCCUGCAGGAGAGAGUCGGCCAUGACUUGUCGCAUCAAAAGGACCAAAUCACCACGCUCAUCAUGCUGCGCUUCGACAAGUUCAACAGCGAGCAGAACGGCGAGGCCUCAGAACCCGUCCACUCGGUCGAGAACGGCACCAAGACGUCAAACGGCGACACUUCAGACAUGUCCCACCACAAGCGAUCGCCGCCCGACGACGACCAGUCGGUGCCCUCGGAGCUGGACGACCAUGCGCCCCCCAAGAAAAAGACCAAAAAGCCCAAAGUCAAGGACGAGGACGACGAUGCUGCCUUUGCGGCGAGGUUACAGGCAGAGGAAAAUGCGCGCAUGGGCAGGGCAACACGUGGAGGCAACACAAAGCGGAGAGCGCCAGCGCCCAAGAAGAAGGCCAAGAAGAAGAGUUCGAACCGCGUCGACGACGACAGCGACGUAGGCUCGGGCAGUGGGGGUGAGAAGAAGAGUCCCAGCCGAAAAGGCGGAUUCCACAAACCAAUGGCCCUCUCCCCCGCGCUCUCGCACCUCCUCGGCGAAACGCAGCUCUCGCGGCCGCAAACGGUGAAGAAGAUAUGGGAAUACGUCAAAGCGCGCGAUCUCCAGGAUCCAAACGACAAGCGCCAGAUUCGAUGCGAUGAUGCCAUGCGUGCCGUCUUCAAGCAAGACCGCGUUCACAUGUUUACCAUGAACAAGAUUCUGAAUCAGAAUCUGUAUGCUGUUGAUGAGGUGGUGAAUUAGUAGUUCAAAUGGUGGGGGGGACUGCGUGCGUGGAUCAGUGGGUAACAUGUGUGGACAUGGGACGUGGGUAAAGAAGCUUAAAAGAGGCAAAAAAAAAGGAAAGGCAUAUGCACAUGUGUAGGCAGGCGUAGGCGUAGCCAAAGAAAGGGCGUACUUAGUGGGCGUAGGACAAGGCCGUUUAGUCAUGGUGGGGGAGUUUUUUAGUUUUUUUUCUUUGAGUUAGUUGGCUGACUUGUUUAUUUAUAUAUCAUAUCUUUUCUUGGGGAU